AUUCCCAAAGUUUUGUCGUGAAUGUUCGUUUCACAUUCGAAUGUGAUAUCGGUGAAAUUGAAAUCGUGUCGAAUCGUGACGUCGCGUCGAACGACCUCUUUUUUUCUGUUAAAACGCAUCGAGAGCUCCAGCCAAAGACGCAACCCAACACCGUCAAUUUAAGGGCUCGACUCGGGAUUAUACAUAUAUCCUUGGGCCCUUGAGGCUGACAUACCCCGAGUAUUUUUCUGUAUAUUUCUGUUCUUUUUUCCGUAUAUAAAUUUACGUUCUUAAAAAAUAAAAAAUCAAACAUUUAAAAUGAAGUACGAUAGUGUAAAUAUUGAAGAUCAAUCUUCAUCUAAACAAGACAAGAAGAGUAUUAAAUCAAGGCAUCACCUGAGAAUCAGCCAAGACAAUAUUUUGGAUUUCAAUCAAAAACCGACAGGAGUCGAGAAUAUAGAAGGUACAUCGUCAAGUAAGAAAAAGCGAAAGAAGGAAAAAAAGGAUAAAAAGGCGAAAGACCUUGACAUGCUCUUGGUUAACCCAGACAUCCUGAAUGAGGAAAAUGACCAAGGAAAGAAUAAGGAAGAGGUCAUAAUGGAAAUAAGAGAGCUUGAAAUGAAAGCUAAGGCUAUCCGGGCUAUACUUAAGAAAGAUGGCCAUGCCGAGGAAGUUGGACCGAAAACGAAGAAAAUCAAACUUGCAACCAGCAAAGAUGGAAACCUUACUUAUUUGACCUAAUUUAUUAUUUUCCCCAAUUUUAUUUUUAAAACAAUUAUUACAAUAAGAAUGUUAUGAAAGUCAGUUUAAUUUAUAUAAAACAAAUACUAGAAUUGUUUGCUAUUUCCAAUAUGGCUCUGUACUUUAUUUUCUGUCAACAACCAUUGAAUAAAAUAUGUAAUUUCUUAAAAAUACCAAAAAAAAAAAAAAAAA